UCGGCGUUACCCUGCAAUUCUAGUGUGGCACGGAUCUUUGUAUAACAGCGAAAAUAUUUUUUUCUGCUGCGGGUGAUUAAUUGCAAAUUAUACGAAAAAAUUGCAUAAAAUUUGUGCAGAAAAUUAUUAAAAAUCAGCAAUUAAAGUUAAAAAAGUAUAGUGCCGUGUUCUAACAAGAUAAAAAGCGAUCUCAAAUACAAUUCUAAGGCAUUAUUAUUCACAAGAAAAAGUGACAGCGCCAACGAAGUCGACCCCCAUAUUUAUCUAACGCCUGAAAAGUGAAGUGGAAAAAGGGUGGAAUUACGGGCGGAGGGUAGAAGAAAACAAGAAAAAUGGAGGCUCUCAUACCGGUGAUCAAUAAAUUACAAGAUGUAUUCAAUACAGUGGGCUCGGAUUCAAUUCAACUGCCGCAAAUUGUCGUAUUGGGCAGUCAGAGUUCGGGUAAAAGUUCAGUACUAGAAAGUCUGGUUGGACGUUCGUUUCUACCACGAGGCACCGGUAUUGUAACAAGAAGACCCUUGGUCUUGCAAUUGAUUCAUUGCCCAUUAUCGGAUCGUAAUCAUCGAUCGGCUGAAAAUGGCACACUCAACGUUGAAGAAUGGGGCAAAUUUUUACACACCAAAAAGAUAUUCACCGAUUUCGAUCAGAUACGUACGGAAAUCGAAGAAGAAACAGAACGUGUGGCCGGCAGUAAUAAAGGAAUUUGCUCGGAACCGAUUAAUUUGAAAAUAUUCUCAACACGGGUAGUAAAUCUAACCUUGGUUGACUUGCCCGGUAUUACAAAAGUCCCUGUCGGUGAUCAGCCAGAAGAUAUUGAACAACAAAUCAAAGAUCUGCUUAUCAAAUACAUUGAAAAUCCCAAUUCCAUUAUUUUGGCGGUUACGGCAGCCAACACAGAUAUGGCAACAAGUGAGGCAUUAAAAUUGGCCAAAGAUGUGGAUCCCGAUGGACGGCGAACACUGGCCGUUGUUACCAAACUAGAUCUUAUGGAUGCUGGCACCGAUGCCAUAGACAUACUGUGUGGCCGUGUCAUACCCGUCAAAUUGGGUAUUAUUGGUGUUAUCAAUCGGUCGCAACAGGACAUAAAAGACAACAAAGACAUCGAUGAACAAUUGAAAGAUGAGGCGGCAUUUUUACAACGUAAAUAUCCAACACUGGCCACCCGCAAUGGCACCCCCUAUUUGGCCAAGACCCUCAAUCGUUUGCUUAUGCAUCACAUACGAGACUGCUUACCCGAUCUAAAGACUCGCGUCAAUGUCAUGUCUUCGCAAUUCCAAUCUCUGCUAAAUUCCUACGGUGAAGAUGUUAAGGAUAAAAGUCAAACUCUAUUGCAAAUUAUUACGAAAUUUGCCAGCGCCUAUUGUUCGACCAUUGAUGGUACAGCGCGUAACAUUGAAACGACAGAGUUGUGUGGCGGUGCACGUAUCUGUUAUAUUUUCCAUGAGACUUUUGGACGCACACUUGAUUCCAUUCAUCCCUUAGCUGGUCUAACUAAAAUGGAUAUCUUAACGGCAAUACGAAAUGCAACUGGUCCUAGGCCGGCGCUUUUCGUACCCGAAGUGUCAUUUGAAUUGCUAGUCAAGCGACAAAUUCGUCGAUUAGAGGAGCCGUCGCUGCGUUGUGUGGAAUUGAUACACGAAGAGAUGCAACGUAUCGUUCAACAUUGUGGCAACGAAGUACAGCAGGAAAUGUUGAGGUUCCCAAAACUCCAUGAAAAAAUCGUUGAUGUUGUUACACAACUGUUGCGGCGUCGUUUGCCUACCACAAAUGUUAUGGUGGAGAAUCUGGUUGCCAUUGAAUUGGCCUACAUUAAUACAAAACAUCCGGACUUUCACAAGGAUGCUGCCCUGGUGCCUAGUCUUUUGAAAACAGAUAAUAUAAUGGAUCCAUAUGGGCAGCAUCAACAACAGUUGGCCAGACGAUCGAAUACACCAAGGACAACAAAUUCAUCGCCCCAGGUAAUGGCUGUACAGAAUUUGCAAAAAGAACAACAAAAACAACAACAACAGCAGCAGCAACAUCAGGAACACAAUGAUGUGGGAGAACAGAAUCACAUUGGUGAAAAUGCCCAACAUCCCAACAACUGGUUAUCGAAUAUUUUGCCUCCAGCUCCCAAUACCCAAAGCAUGGAAAACUCCAAUCACAAUACUCCUCUACACAAUUCGCUUAUGAGUCCUGUGAAACCUGUUAAUCUGCUACCCGAUGUGCCAGCCAAUCAGGGCUCGAGGCGUCUAACCGAUAAGGAACAAAAGGAUUGUGAUGUUAUUGAACGUUUAAUCAAAUCCUAUUUCUAUAUUGUACGCAAAUCUAUACAAGAUUCAGUACCAAAGGCCGUUAUGCAUUUUCUAGUUAAUUAUGUUAAGGAUAAUUUACAAAGUGAAUUGGUAACACAUUUAUACAAAUCGGAUGCCGUCGAUACAUUACUCAAUGAAUCGGAUCACAUUGCGAUACGCCGGAGAGAAGCUGCCGAUAUGUUGAAGGCUUUAACAAAUGCUAAUCACAUUAUUAGUGAAAUACGUGAAACCCACAUGUGGUAGACAAUGACAGACCAUAAUUGCUAAGCAUGCAAAAGGAAGAAUGCAGCCGAAACAGCACUCAAACCGCAAUCGCAACAACAUACAACAGCAUUAUUAUUCAUCAUCUCUCUCUAGCUCUUGAAAGUAAAAAAAAACAAAACGAAAUUCCUCCCCCUCCCAUCACUAUCACAUUUAAUUGUUGGCGUUAAAAGUUAGCAUAUUUGAGAAAGAAAUAUUUGGCAUAAUUUAACGCUUCGAAACUUGUGUCUACGUUAGAAAACAAAAAUUAAACAUAAAUAAAAGAAAUUGUUAAACACUGUCUACGCUAUAUUAACACCCAUUCACAUUGUUUUAGUUCCUUCUUCCUCUUCUAUUUGUUUAUGUGUUUCUUUUAUUCAUUUAAAGAAAAACUAUCACCUGUUGUUAAUUUCAUAUCAAUUGUAUGUCUUAAAAGAACCCUUGAUUUUUCCUUUAAUGAACGAAGGAUACCCCUUUUGAGAUGGCGUUAUAUUCUGGCUUAUAAGCUCUAGUAUUUAAUUAACACAUUUGGAGAGUUUUGCAGAAAUAAAAAAUAUAUACGAAAAUUA